AUGUUUUGGGCACCAUGGCCUUCUUCUCACCUUAUGCUCUGGUGUGCGGCUCCCAGAAGACAGCAAAAACACCAUGGCCUUGCAGCCUUCAAGCUCCUAUGGUGCUCGUGCCUCCUGGCCCUCCCGUGCAUCCCACAGUGGGUGUGGGCGCCCCUUUACAAGAUAGGGGUAGUGGGCCCUUGGACUUGCGACCCAUUGUUCUCAAAGGCUCUGCCUGAGGUUGCUGCUGGCUUAGCCAUUGAGCGCUUCAACAGGGACCCAUCGUUUGACGCGGGUUGCUCUUUUGAAUACGUGAUUCUCAAUGAAGACUGCCAGACCGCCAGGGCCCUUUGCGGUUUCAUUGUUCACCACCAGAUGGCCUCGGGAUUCACUGGCCCUGUCAACCCCGGCAACUGCGAGGCCGCCUCGCUCCUGGGAAACAGUUGGAACAAAGGGCUUUUCUCUUGGGCUUGUGUGAAUUACGAAUUAGACAAUAAAAUCAGCCACCCGACCUUUUCUCGGACACUCCCUUCUCCGGGCCGGGUGCUGGUAACUGUCAUGAGAUACUUCCAGUGGGCUCACGCCGGAGUCAUCUCCUAGAUGAAGACUUGGGUGCACACCGCCAAUCAAAUACCAAGCGCUCUGCAGAGCCGGGGCCUACCGGUAGGGGUCGUCCUGAGCUCAGGACAAGACAGCCGCAGCAUUCGGACAGCGCUCCUGGAAUCGAUUCGCCAGGCUGACAGAAUUCUCAUAAUCAUCAUGUAUGUGCAUUCGGCCUUGAUUGGGGGAGAGACUCAGAUGCAUCUCUUGGAAUGGGCUCAUGAUGUGAAAAUGACUGAUGGAAACUACGUCUUUGUUCCCUAUGAUGCUCUGCUCUACAGUUUAUUUUAUAAGCAUACCGCCUACCAGGUCCUGAGGAACAACCCGAAACUCCGGGAAGCCUAUGAUGCUUUGUUGACCAUUACAGUGGAGUCCCAAGAAAAAACCUAUCAAGCCUAUACUGAGGCAGCAGCUAUACAUGAAAUUACUGAGAAGCUGGAGUCAGAUCAGGUAAAUAAUUGUAAUUUUUAAAAAUAUAUUUCACCAUUGUUUGGAACCACCUAUAAUUCAAUUUACUUUAUCGCACAAGCCAUGAAUAAUGCUAUGAAAGAAAAUGGACGGGUUAGUGCUGCCAGCCUGGUUCAGCAUUCCAGAAACACGCAGUUCUAUGGAUUCAGCCAGUUGAUAAGGACAGAUUCAAAUGGAAAUGGAAUCGCAGCAUAUGUAAUCCUGGACACCAGCUGGAAAGAAUGGGAACUCUAUAGCACUUACACUGUGGACAUGGAAACGGCUGGUGGCAGGCCCCCUCGAGCAGAUGCACAAUGCUGGUUUGCAGAAGGGAAGAUCUGUCGAGAGUGGUGUCGUAUAAAUAAAAUCCAGUUGAUUAAAGGACCCAAUAGAAUUCUACUGACUUUUAACGAUGUGACGUUUAUCAAUCCCCACUUUGGCAGUAAGAGAGGAAUUUGCACCAGUGUAAGCUUUCAGAUCACCUCAGAAGUCCAAAGUGGAAGGUUUCCAAGGUUCCCCUUUUCCUCAGGGAGUCUAACUCCAGCUACCUAUGAAAACUCCAACAUAUCCAUUUACGAGGGUGAUGGGGUGUGGCUGAAAAAAUUCCCCUUUGGAGGUUUUGGAGACCUUAAGUCCAUCAAAUUCAGUGCAAGUGAUAUGUUUGAAAUGAUGAAGGACCUGCAUCAUGAAAAUAUUAACCCUUUAUUGGGCUUCUUCUAUGAUUCAGGGAUAUUUGCCAUUGUGACAGAAUUCUGUUCCAGAAGGAGCCUAGAAGACAUAUUGACAAAUCAGGAUGUGAAACUUGACUGGAUAUUUAAAUCAUCACUUCUGCUGGAUCUUUUCAAGGGCAUGAAGUACUUACACCACGGAGAGUUUGCUCAUGGGAGGUUGAAAUCUCGGAACUGUGUGGUAGAUGGGUGUUUUGUACUAAAAGUGACAGAUUAUGGCUUUAAUGACAUCUUGGAAACUCUAGUCUCCCAAGAGGAACCUUCUGCGGAAGAGUUGCUAUGGAGCCCUGAACUGUUGAGAACCCCAAAGGGCAGCAUGUUAGGUUCUUUUGCAGGAGAUGUCUAUAGCUUUGCCAUCAUCAUGCAAGAAGUGCUGGUCCGGGGCACCCCAUUCUGCAUGAUGGAUCUGCCUGUCAAAGAAAUCUUAGACAGAGUUAAGAAGCCUCUUCCUGUGUACAGACCCAUGGUUCCUCCUGAGUGUGCCCCUCCAGAAUGUCUCCAGCUGAUGAAGCAGUGCUGGGCUGAAGUUUCAGAAUAGCAACCAACUUUUGAUGAAAUAUUUAAUCAGUUUAAAACUUUGAAUAAAGGGAAGAAGACCAAUAUCAUUGACUCCAUGCUUCGGAUUUUGGAGCAAUAUUCUAGCAACUUGGAAGAUUUGAUCCGGGAACAGACUGAAGAGCUGGAAAUUGAAAAACAGAAAACGGAAAAACUUCUAACACAGAUGCUACCACUGUAUGUUUGCAAAUCCCUCAAAAAGGGCUACAUGGUUGAACCUGAGGGUUUUGACUUGAUCACCUUGUACUUCAGUGACAUUGUGGGCUUCACCACCAUCUCAGCCAUGAGUGAGCCUAUUGAGGUGGAUCUUCUCAAUGACCUGUACACCCUCUUUGAUGCUGUCAUAGGCAGUCAUGAUGUCUACAAGGUAAUAUUGACCAUUGGAGAUGCUUACAUGGUGGCCUCAGGCCUCCCAAAGAGGAAUGGUAGUCGGCAUGCAGUUGAGAUUGCAAACAUGUCCCUAGAUAUCCUGAGCUCCAUGGGGACCUUUAAGAUGAGACACAUGCCAGAGGUGCUAGUCCAGAUUCGAAUAGGCCUGCAUUCAGGGCCAGUUGUUGCUGGAGUGGUGGGGCUCACCAUGCCCAGAUACUGCCUGUUUGGAGACACUUUGAGCACAGCUUCUCGGAGGGAAUCAACAGGGUUACCUUACUGCAUUCAUGUCAGUCACAGCACCGUGACAAUUCUUUGAGCUCUGAGUGAGGGCUAUGAAGCAGAGCUUCGAGGAAGGACAGCGCUCAGGGGCAAAGGCACAGAAGAGACCUUCUGGCUGGUUGGAAAAAAAGGCUUUAAAAAGCUCCUUCUUGUGCCCCCACCAGUGGGCAAAGAUGGGCAAGUGGGCCAUGGCUUACAACCAAUAGAGAUUUCAGCCUUCCAAAGAAGAAAAGCAGAAAGGCAACUGGUGAGAAACAAGCCAUAA